GUUCUGACACUCAAACUAUGCCCAAAGAACCAGUUGCUAUUAUAGGGAUUGCAGCAGAAAUCCCAAGUGGUAAACAUUCAUCCACCAACCUUGACCAUGACAACUUCUAUGAUUUUCUUAAAUCGAAGAAGCAGUCCUAUGAAGACAUUCCUCUAGAGCGCCUAAAUAUCAAAGAAUGGCAUGGCAAGGGGUUAGGAAAAAUCAUUGCCUCUCAGGGGUCAUUUUUGAAGGACAUUGGAUUGUUUGAUCCUGCUGAGUUCGGCAUUGGGAGUAAAGAUGCUCGUGCCAUGAGCGUAAGCACUCGUCGACUUAUUGAACUCAGUUUUUUGGCUUUUUUGGAUGCCGGGAUAGAUUAUCGUGGUCAGAAUGUAGGAUGCUAUGCAUCUGGAACUGCAUUUGACCUACAAUCUGUGGCGGAACCGGACGAAUUCGAACCAAAAGGAUCUGUUGCUGGGCUGCCCUGCAUGAUUGCAAACAAGAUCUCCUAUCACUUGGAUUUGAGGGGACCAUCUAUUCCUGUUGAUACUGCAUGUAGCUCCACUGCAGUUGCCACUCACCUAGCUGUUCAAGCAAUCAGAAAUGGCGAGUGUAAGGUUGCAUUAGUUGCAGGAUGUCAACUUAAUUUACGUGCAUCUGACUUUGCACUCUACACUCAAGCAUCAAUUUUGUCACCAGAUGGUACAUGCAAACCAUUUGAUGCAGAUGGAAAUGGAUUUGCACGUGCUGAAGGUGCUGCUGCUAUUGUAUUGAAGCCACUGCAACAGGCUAUUGAUGACAGAGACUAUAUCUAUGGGACAAUCCUAGGGACAGGCGUUUCUGCAUGUGGAUCUCUUGCACCAGUGAAUGCUCCCGUUGCAGAGUCUCAAGCAGAUGCCAUGGAACGGGCAUAUGAUGGGAUUGACAGAAGUCCAGUCGAUGUUGAUUAUGUUGAGGUCCAUGGUACUGGUACCGCUGUUGGUGAUCCUGUUGAGGCAAACUGGGUUGGAGAAAAAUUUUCACGCAAUGGUAGUCUAUUAAUUGGUAGUGUUAAGGGGAACAUUGGUCAUAUGGAGAUUGCAUCUUUCCUGGCCUCACUGUCCAAAGUUCUUUCAAUUCUCGAAACCAAACAAGUUCCCCCUCAGGUAAAUUUGAAAACAAGGAACAAUGCUAUUCACUGGGAUCACUGGCGUCUGUGUGUUCCAAUGGCAGAAGAGACACUUGUACCAAAGAACCAAUCAGGAAAAUUACUAAUCUCAAUGUGCAGUGCAGGCAUUGGCGGAGUGAAUGCACACGCUGUUCUGGAAAGUCCACCAUUACAAAACCUUUCUUCUGAAAAUGAGUUCCAAGGUCCCUUUCUUUUACUUGCUGGUGGCUUGUCACCUCGAUCCUGUGCAGCUGUUGCUGAGGAUAUCAAAGCCACACUGACAUUGAACCCCAACCUUGCCAUUGGUUACUCUUUAGUUUACGGGAGAAGGGUGCGGCAGAUGACUUGGAGAAGCUUUAUGAUUGGCAAACCAGGCAGUGGCAACUUCAUAUUUUCACAACCUCUUUUGACUUCUCGCACUAAACCACCACUUGCCUUCUUGUUUUCUGGUCAAGGCCCACAGCAUCUCAAUAUGGGCCGUCAGCUCUUCCAAAGUUAUGCUAUAUUCCAUCAGUCAAUAUUGGAUCUAGAUGUGAUAUAUCAAGCUCACACAGGGAAGUCUAUGAUCCACCAAUAUGGUUUGUUUGGUGAAUCACUGGAUGCAGAAAUCCUUCCUCCAAUCUGGCCUAUCUCGAUAGUCAUUCCCUCUCUCACCAUGCUACAUAUUGCUCUAUUCGAUCUGAUGGUCAGCUUUGGUGUGGAUCCAGAUAUUUUUAUUGGACAUUCAGCUGGGGAAGUAGCACUUAUAUAUGCUUCUGGUGCAGGCACCAAAGAAAUGGCAUUUGAAAUUGCCAUAGCCCGUGGACAGGCAAUGAAGAUUGUGGAAGACAAUGUAGAUGGGACCAUGGCAGCAAUAUCAUGUUCCAGAGAAGAUGCUCAUCGCAUUGUGCGGAGUAUCACAGCUCGUUCGCAGCCCCAGUUUGUUUUGGAAGUUGCAUGCUACAACAGCCUUAAUGCUGUGGCAAUUUCUGGCCAUUCCAAGCUCAUUGAUGAGGCUAUCCUCCUUGCCCAACAAGGGGGAUUUCUGGCAAAAAAAAUAACGACUAAAGUCCCAGUACAUUCUCGAGCUAUGGAGCUUUGUGAAGCACAGUACCGCAGUGCCAUUCAAGAAGUCUUCUCUCGCUAUCCAGGGAGCCAUAAACCAAGGAAAAAAACAUAUUCUACCUGCACCGGAAGGAUUAUCGAGGACUUCGAUGCAAACUACUUUUGGACAAACACUCGAAAUCCAGUUCUGUUUACUCAGACAAUGGAUGCCCUCAUUGCAUCGAAUCCUGGAGUAUAUGUUGUUGAGAUGGGCCCACAUCCAGUUCUGGCAGCAUAUGUCCAGGAAGCAGGUGUCCUGGCAUCUUCGUAUGUCUGCCCAAUGCGUCGUUCAAAAAAUAUCAUAGCAGACAUGGAAGAGUAUGCGGUGUUGACUGCCCUUGGAAGCAUAAUAGUUGCUGGAUACAAUUUUGUCAAUUUCUCCGCUAUAUACCCCUGUUCAGAUCGGGUUGCCCGGGUCAAGACCCCCGCUUACCCGUUUGUGAAGAAACAUAUCGAGUACUGGCCUGAGGUCUCAAGAAUCAUGUCUCGACAAAUAAGUCCCAGAAAUGGGCCACUGAACUACCCCGAUUUACGCAUUAAUGUUCACACUCACCCAGAGCUUGCUGGACAUAUAAUCAACUCACAGCCUAUUAUGCCAGCUGCAGGAUUCAUAGAAAUGGGAUUUGAGCUAGGAGUUAGGACCUUGUGGAAAAUCAAGUUUCACUCGAUAUUACCACUUACAUCAUUGACCCCUCCUUUAGUGGCUAUUGAAGUUGAGGGGUCAAGAUAUGAAGUCAGAUCAUGCAUGGCUCCUUCUUCACCUUUGUUCUUCCAUCAUAAUGUCAAUGAAUGGAAAAUACAUGCAGAGGGUUAUUUCUCCAACAAUCCUGUGGACUGCAGUUCACCAACUACUGUACAGCUCUCAGAACUGAUGGAAUACUUCACAGCCUACAAUAAAAAUGAUUUUUAUCAACACCUCAGUUCCUUUGCUCAGUAUGGAAACAGCUUCAAAAGGAUAGACCAAAUUUUCAUUUAUGGACGUGAGGCACUUGUACGGGUCAAGAGUCUUGAUGAAUCUCUAUCUGGUGAUGGGAAAUACAUCCUCCAUCCAGCAAUUCUUGACUCCUGCUUCCAUGCUUGUGUUCAUCCAUUACUGACUAAGGCAACUGAUCCAAACAUAUACUAUCUCCCAUCUGUUGUGAAUUGCAUAAGUCUCUCCGACAAGUUCAAUCAUUCAGUGCUAUCUGCAGAACACUUUUUUGCCCACAUUAAAUUGAAGCAAUGGAAUCCUGAAACAGAUAACCUCGUCUAUGAUAUUGAGCUUAUUGCUCCUGAUGGACUGCUAUUUUGCACAAUACAAGGUUUUAUAGUUCAGCAAUAUUUUCAUAUUCCUCCUGAGGCCGUACAUAUGCGUUUUGAGUUGCAAUAUCAAACAUACGGAAUUUCUAGAGAUCCUGAUCUUGACUUAGAUCAGGGAGAGUUGCAAAAUGCUAAUUUCUCAAGCAUCCCAGUUCUGGAAUAUUGUAAAAAGCUGUUCAACUACACAAUCAACAAAUGUGACCGGAAAUGUCUUCAUAUAGUUGAAAUUCAUCAUUUGGCUUUUAAACCUUUUGGAGAGACCCUAACCAAUAUGGUACUCAAGGCUGGUGGACUUCAACCUUUGUACACUCUUGCUACUUCAGCAACUUCAGGAGCCCACUUUGCUGCUUCAAGUGACAUCCUACCAACACUGAGCAAUGUGAUUGCAUAUCAGUUUUCGCUAACAGACAUGGAUAGGCUACCCUACUCUGUUGAUCUGAUCACCACUAACACUCUACUGGAGGUCCCAAAUAUAAAUGAAGGGCUGCUACAAGCUCUUAUUCUCCAUUUAGUCCCUGGUGGAUCAAUAGUCUUGAAAAUGUUGAUCACACCCCUCUAUGAAAAGGACUUCAACUCACUCUUGGAACAGCUCAUGGUAUUGAAUUUUGAACCAAGAUUUGUACCGGUGGUGGCAGAAAAUGUGGGGAUAUUGGAGGCUAGAAGACCAUUCAUUGUACCAAUCAUCCCACCUGAGAUAUCACUGCCUUUUUUCGAGCUCCCUCUCAUAAUUGAAUAUGGUAUUGGGAGGGAAAUGAUCCUUCAACAACACCUCAAAACAAUCAAGGAAGAAGACUUAUCUCCAAUUUGGAUUGUGACAUCAGAAGGGCCAGAUGCAGAUGCCUUUUCUGGCCUCUUCCGAACACUUAUCCGAGAGUUCCCUAAUUUCAACCUGCGGGGUGCAUCAUUUUCUCCUUGCUACUACUCUAGCUCUAUUCGCCAAUUCAUCAUCCACAAAUACUUGCCACCAGUUGGGCCAGAGAAUGAGUUUUAUAUUGGGGAAAAUCUUCAUAUCUCUGUUCCAAGAAUCAUUCCAAUGACUGGGCUCAGUGCAAGGACGUCAUCCCAAUCCUACCUCCCUUGUUCUGCAGAUGUGAUGAUUGAAGUCAGUGCUUCCUCUCCAUUUUAUGAUGGACUAUGGGGAGUUGUAGGCACUGUGACAGAGGGGCAUCGAUCAUCUUUAGAGGGUGCAAGGGUUGUGGGUAUUGCUCUGUGUGAGCCAUCUGGUGGGAGAGUGUCAUUGAUAGAUGGAUUCUUCACCAGAUCUGGUGUUGACUUUGAUUCCUUUCUGCUGGCCCGAAUUGCUCCGAUAGCAAUGAUUGUCGGACUUGCUGUUGGAAUCAAUGCUUUGAAUGAUCCCACUCAUUUCCGUGCCAGGAUCAUUGUUACUCAUAGUGAUACAUUCACUGGAACAGUUGCUGUAGAGUUGCUGAAGAUAUUUGGCCUAGCCCAGUUCAUUAAAUGUCUACCAUCCCUCAUUACUCCCAUCACACUCUUCAAUGCCCAGAUUCAGUGUGAAGACAUCGUAAUCUCUGGACUCGAGCUCCACAAUGAGCUGCUUGAGAGCUACCUGCCAGAGGAAACUCAAGUCACUUACUGGACUACCACCAAACAUCUUCUGACACAUCUCAGAAGGCAUUCUCAUUUUGCAGGUUACAUGUUGGAGCUCCUCACUAGAUCAUUGUCUGAAGCUUCACUGCCCUUACAAUUUCCAGAUUCUAAUCUGGAUUUGAAAAUGGCCCAGCCUUAUGAUAUUGAAAAUACCAAGCUCGAAAAUACCAAGCUCAAUCUAGAUCCUAAUAAAAUCUAUCUUUUGAUAGGUGGUUUGGGUAGCUUUGGUCCCUUUGCAGCACUGUGGAUGUAUGAGAAAGGUGCACGGCACAUUGUGUUAACUUCACGCUCAGGACGCCAAAGCAUAGACAGAAUGUCAGACUGCCUUCCCUCUCGAAUCCUUGAAUAUCUCGAAGGAAGGGCACAGCUUACACUUGCUAUGGAGGCAGUUGACGGCUCAGAUAGUACUGCCAUGGGUAAGUUGGUUGCACCAAUGCAAGGGAAAUUAGCGGGUGUUUUUUUACUUUCAGCUUCCUUUGAUGAUCGACUGUUCUUUGACCAAGAUACAGAGAGCUUUAGAAAAAGCUUUCAGUCAAAGAUUGGGACUUUAGAUGCCUUAGAGAAAGUCAUAGAUAUCAAGAAGCUUGACUUCCUUGUGUCACUUUCAAGCAUGACAAUUUGGGGAAACUCAGGACAAACAAAUUACACUAGUGCCAAUACUGCUUUAGAUGGCAGAUUAAGACAAUAUAGAAAUGCCUUUUCCAUUGCAGCACCUGCUAUUAAUGAUACCUCCUCAAUGAUUAGGGGAGUAGAUGAAACUCAAGCUUCUCACCUGAGUUUUACUGCAUGCUCAGCUUCAGAACUGUGUAAUUGGAUCGAAGAUGGCAUACUGAAGCUUGCAGAGAAGCACUUUGAUGUUUAUGUGCCCCCGUAUAAUUUUGACACCGUUUCCAAAACCAUUGGGCCGUCCAACAUAUAUGCCCAUCUCUGCUCAUUAAACACCCUUCCCAAGGAGUCCACCUCCCAGGUGGUUGAUAUUCAUGACCUUAUCCGCUCCCUGGUCACCCAGUUCAUUGACAUUCCUUCUGAUGAACUUUCAAAUGAGGUACCUCUUACCUCGUAUGGCCUUUCCUCAAUUGAAGCUGGCCGCCUGGCUUAUGGCUUAAAACCCUAUCUGGUCGUGUCACAGAUGCAACUUCUAAGUGACAUGACAGUAGCAGACCUUAUUGCAAGGGCCCAGCUCAUGGAAACCUCAAAGCAGUCUAUACAUAAAUCAGAUGAACAGCCGCAUACCCGGAACACUGAAGAAGCAGCUCAAGAGAUGGAUGUGCUUAUAUCUAAAUACUCUUUGGGAUUUGACCCUAAUGGUCUCAAGCUCUCAGGCCCAUUUAUUCAUGACUCUGUUGUUUUGAUUACUGGAACAACUGGUGCUCUUGGAUCAUAUAUCCUAGUGCAGCUUGUGAAGAGUGCAGGUGUCAAGAAGAUAUAUGCCUUCAACCGUCCCUCUGAUGCUUUAACUAUCCGGGAACGGCAACAUGCUGUGUUUUCCAACCACAACCUAGAUCUUACUCUUUUGGACGCACCCAAACUUGUUUUCAUCGAAGGAGAUGCUUCUCAGAUAGAUUUAGGACUGGAUCCAACAACAUAUGAGGACCUCCGGGAAGAAAUAACAGUGAUCAUUGACAAUGCGUGGCAGCUGGAUUUGAAUGCACCCCUGAGAAAUUUCAUCUCAAAUAUCGCAUCUACUAGGAACUUGAUUGACCUGGCAUAUUCAUCAUCCAGGGUCUCGAGUAUUCGAUAUACAUUUAUUUCAAGCAUUGCCUCUGCUCAGAACUGGAUUUCUGAAACAGGUGGCCAUGAAGAGGUACCAGAGGAAAUUCUGGAAAAUUCAAAGCAGGCGGCAAUGUUUGGAUAUGGAGAGAGCAAAUAUGUGGCUGAAAAGCUGGUCUCUAUGAGUGGUCUGCAAGCUUCAGUCUACCGUGUCGGGCAGCUUUGUGGAGCUUCGGAAUCGGGCUCCUGGACAAUUAAAGAAUGGAUUCCCAAACUCACAAGGACCUCUUUAUCAUUGAAUGCGGUUCCAAACAUGGGAGGGAUUGUGUCAUGGAUACCUAUAGAUAAAGUGGCAUCCAUUGUGAUUGACAUUACUUUGGAUCCUACAAGUUCCCCACCACCGCCGGUCCUGAAUAUUGUUCAUCCUAGACCAGUGACUUGGACAUCGAUUAUGGAGAUUGUGCUCAAGGAUCUUCUUCCCUUGAAAAACACUGGAGAAACAAUGAAGAUGAAACCAUACAUGGAGUGGGUGGGGUUAUUGGAAGCUGUUGAUGGGAAUGGGACUGAAAUGAGUGAGAACUAUCCGGCUUUUGCUCUUUUAGAUCGUAUCCGUGACUUUGGUGCUAAAAGCCCAAUUGGGACGGACGACGAUGGCACUGGGAGAGUUAGGGAAUGCGGCGGGUGGCCAUGGCUUUCAAGUAAGAAAAGUGUGGGGCAAAGUAGGACAAUGCGCAAAUUGCUUGAUGAUGCCGACGAGAUGAUUGGAGAGAGACAAGUUACUGCUUGGAUUGCAUACUGGAAGCAAGAAGGACUGCUUCCUAUUGGGAAAUGAAUGUACAAAGUUAUAUUGUAAUGUGUUUGAAAUUCUUCCUCAUGUUGGUUUGGGCCAGUAGCACUUGCAGUACUCCC